AUGCCUCCUGCCCAACCCCGUCCGACGCGUGCAACACGCCUCGUGUCAAACGAGAAUGACGAGAACAGUGGCUCAAUGCGAAUGACGCGUGCCAAAGCGGCCGCGUUGAGUGUUGAUGAGCUUGCUGUCGCCGGAAAGCCUACGAAGAAGUCCGCGGCCACCACAAACACUGCAGCCACUGCAGGGAAGCGCAGUGCUCUCGGCGAUGUGAGCAACGUCAAAAACGCAGAUGCGGUUGAGAGAAAGAAGGCCACCGGCAAGGUGGGCCUCGUGUCGAAGGCUGCUCAGCCCACCGGUGUCAUCAAGAACCAGUCUCGUUCGACCGCAACCAGAGCUGCCCUGCAGCCCAAGGAGGCCAACAAGAAGGCCGAGCCGAAGCGUGGCGCCCCAGGAUCAGGCGUUGUCAAGCGGCGAGUCAACGCGAUGGCGCAGCCAGCUCCCAAGGAUGCCAAUGUUGACGAUGAUGAGCCCCGCCGCAAGAAGCACCACACUGCCCCGUCCGAAAAGUCGAGACCCAAACCCGAACCUGAGGCUGCUCCCGUCAAACGUUCUGCUCAAGAGCCAGAGUCAUCCAACACCGCGAGAGACGCCCAGGUCGACCUGGUCGAGUAUCCCGAGGGAGUAAAGAAUCUGGACGAGGAGGAUCUGGACGACCCUCUAAUGGUUGCCGAAUAUGCCAACGAAAUUUUCGAGUAUCUCCGUGAUCUGGAGUGCAAUUCCAUUCCCAACCCGAACUACAUGGAGCAUCAAGAUGAUUUGGAGUGGAAGACGCGCGGGAUUCUCGUCGACUGGUUGAUUGAGGUUCACACUCGUUUCCACCUGCUCCCCGAGACUCUCUUCCUUGCCAUCAACAUCAUCGACCGUUUCCUCUCUGAAAAGGUUGUACAGCUGGACCGCCUGCAGCUUGUCGGCAUCACCGCCAUGUUCAUUGCCUCAAAGUACGAGGAGGUCCUGUCACCUCACGUCGCCAACUUCCGCCACGUCGCGGAUGACGGAUUCAGUGAGGCCGAGAUUCUCAGUGCUGAGCGUUUUGUUCUCGGCACUUUAAACUAUGACCUGAGCUACCCCAACCCCAUGAACUUCCUGCGUCGCAUCAGCAAGGCAGACAACUACGACAUCCAGUGCCGUACUAUUGGCAAGUAUCUCAUGGAGAUCAGCCUUCUCGAUCACCGUUUUAUGGCUUAUCGUCCGAGUCACGUUGCGGCCGGUGCUAUGUACCUGGCCCGCCUGAUUCUUGACCGUGGUGACUGGGACGACACCAUCGCAUUCUAUGCUGGUUACAACGAGGAGGAGAUUGAGCCGGUAGUUCGCCUCAUGGUCGACUAUCUUGCGCGUCCUGUCGUUCACGAAGCCUUCUUCAAGAAGUAUGCCAGCAAGAAGUUUCUCAAGGCCUCGAUUCUUACGCGUCAAUGGGCCAAGAAGAGUGCCCCGCACUUUGGUAUCGUCGACACCCAUCUCUCUCUGGACCAAAUUUCCGCCCGGGAUGGUGACUACCCCGAGGAUGAUGAUGACUACUAG